AAUCUAAGCACCAUAAAGCCGUUACCAUACCAGAGCUUAAGCUUGUACUCAAGAAAUUCAUACUAGUCUAUCAACACCACACUAUUCUAAGCGAUGCUAUAAUGAUCGAAAAAGCAAAAUUGUUAGCAGAUAAACUUGAAGUUUCUAAAGACAAGUUGCAUUUUUCUUCUGGGUGGCUUCAAAAAUUUAAAGAGCGAAAUGGAAUCU